AUGUUCGUUUAGAAAAUCUGAAAGGCUUUUGUCGUCCUCGUAAACAGGAACUCUCUCUCUCUCUCUUUCUCUGUGUUUUGUCUCUUAGCUGUAACAUUUUCUGGGACGGCAAGAGAGAAAUGGACUCAAAGCCCAAUUCACUCAUCGGGGCUCUCCCUCUCACCCCUGCUCUCAUUUCAAAUUUGAAUACCCUUUUCACCCAUCUUUUUGGGUCCCUACGCGCAGCUCUCUUCGCGCCCGCGUCUCUCUCGCCCUCCCUUUGACCGCCUCGGUCUCAUCCCCACCCAACUUGACCUCCCCAUUCGUCAUAUUUAAUCCAAAACAUGUUCGAGUUCGAUCAAAGCUUCCAUCAAACACUUUCAAAGCCGAUUCGUUCAGGCAUGGAAAAACCACCCCAUCGUAGUGCAAACAAUGAUACCGAAUCCCUCACUGGCAACCUCCAAGACCUCAGUUUGGGUGCCAGUGUUAGCAUCAGUCUCUGUAGCAGCACGGUUUCUGGGUCUGAUACUAGCGUGACUAGCAGCGAUAUGAGCAAUGCCAGCACCGUGGACGCUCACAAGAAUGCUGAACCCGUGCCCGUGGGUGACUACGAGGAAAGCGACACAAGCAGUUCGAGUUGUGUAAGCAAAUGUAACAGCUUCGAUGCAAAUGAGUCCAGCUUUCGGAGCUUUUGCCCGUCGAAGCCGCACAAAGGAAACGAUAUACGGUGGGAUGCAAUACAACAGGUAAAAGCUAAAGAUGUGGACUUGGGGCUGGGCCAUUUCAGGCUUUUGAAGAAGCUUGGUCGUGGGGAUAUCGGGAGUGUGUAUUUGGCCGAGUUAAGAGGAAUGGGCUGUUUGUUUGCGAUGAAGGUUAUGGAUAAGAGCAUGUUGGCUGGGAGGAAGAAGCUGGUGAGAGCUCAGACUGAAAGAGACAUAUUGGGUUUGUUAGACCACCCGUUCCUUCCUACCCUUUAUUCCCAUUUCGAGACCGACAAGUUUUCUUGCCUGUUAAUGGAGUUUUGCAGUGGUGGGGAUCUUCACACGCUUCGGCAACGCCAGCCGGGCAAACACUUCACGGAGCAGGCAGCGAGAUUUUAUGCUUCUGAAGUGCUUCUUGCGCUCGAGUAUCUACACAUGAUGGGAGUGGUGUACAGAGACUUAAAGCCUGAAAAUGUAUUGGUGAGGGAGGAUGGCCACAUCAUGCUCUCUGAUUUUGAUUUGUCAUUAAUAUGCUGUGUGAGUCCCACCCUUGUUCAGUCCAGUAUAGAGCCAUCAUGCAGGAUAUCUGCUUACUGUAUUCAGCCAUCAUGCAUUGAUCCAGCCUGCAAAUUACCCGUUUGUGUGGAGCCUUCUUGCUUGCAACCGUCUUGCUUUAGGCCACGUUUUCUCAGAUCCAAAACGACUAAGGUUAGGAGUGAAAAAAUGGUUAGUGCAGAUUCACUUCCUGUACUAAUUGCAGAACCAACAAGCGCCCGCUCUAUGUCAUUCGUUGGGACACACGAGUAUUUAGCACCUGAGAUAAUAAGAGGAGAUGGUCAUGGGAGUGCUGUUGAUUGGUGGACAUUUGGUAUUUUCCUGUAUGAGUUGCUACAUGGGAAGACACCUUUUAAAGGCAAUGGAAACCGAGAAACACUAUUCAAUGUUGUUGGUCAGCCCCUAAAAUUUCAGGAGGGAUCUUCUAUCAGCUUCGCUACAAAGGAUUUGAUCCGGGGCCUGCUUGUAAAGGACCCACAAAAGAGAUUAGGAUUCAAACGAGGUGCCACUGAGAUCAAACAACAUCCCUUCUUCGAGGGUGUUAAUUGGGCUCUCAUUCGGGGUACUCAACCUCCAGAAAUUCCAAAACCUCUUGAUCUUGCAUUUUUGAGCCACACAUUCAAGUCAUCGGUGCCUCCCAAUGACAAGGGUGUCGCUGAUUCGGAUAGCUCAUCAGGUCCUUACUUAGAUUUUGAAUUUUUUUAAUGAAUUUUAGUAGCCAAAGCGGAAAAAAGAAUAGAGGUGUUUUAUUCCUCGAAAUUGUCAUGGUUACGAUAUUUUCCUCGUGAAAUUGUCAUGGUGGAAUUUUUGCUGUUCUUUAUUUCGUUAUGGUGUCUGUAGUAUUGGCAUAUAGAUGAUGAUGUUGUACUCGCUUGAUUCCUUUUCAAAUACAUCGAAAAGAGAAAAAUGAAGUAAAGGGACAGAAAUGAAGCUGACGUUUGUUGUGCAUGA